AUGAUGCUGUACUGUGCGGACGCCGACACGUUGCCAUUGCGUGAGUCGACAGUUCAACAGACGCCGCCGAAACAGACGCCACCACACCAGACGCCGCCGCAACAGCCGCCACAACAGACGCCGCCGCCACCACACCAGACGCUGCCGAAACAGAUGCCACCACACCAGAUUCCGCCGAAACAGACACCACCACACCAGAAACCGCCGCAACAGAUGCCGCCGCCACCACACCAGACGCCGCCGAAACAGACGCCACCACACCAGAUGCCGCCGAAACAGACGCCACCACACCAGAUGCCGCCGAAACAGACACCACCACACCAGACGCCGCCGCAACAGAUGCCGCCACCACCACACCAGACGCCGCCUCAACUGACGCCGCCACAACAGACGCUGCCACAACACCAGAUGCCGCUGCAACAGACGCCGCCACAACAGUUGCCGCCACCACACCAGACGCCACCGCAACAGAUGCUACCACACCAGAUGCCGCCGCCAGAUUCCGCCGCCACCACACCAGACGCCGCCGCAACAGACGCCGCCACAACACCAGACGCCGUUGCAACAGACGCCGCCACAACAGAUGCCGCCACCACACCAGACGCCGCCGCAACAGACGCUACCACACCAGACGCUGCCGCAACAGACGCUACCACACCAGACGCCGCCGCAACAGACGCUACCACACCAGAAACCGCCGCAACAGAUGCCGCCGCCACCACACCAGAUGCCGCCACAACAGAUGCUACCACACCAGACGCCGCCGAAACAGACGCCACCACACCAGAUACCGCCGAAACAGACGCCACCACACCAGAUGCCGCCGAAACAGACACCACCACACCAGAUGCCGCCGCCACCACACCAGACGCCGCCUCAACAGAUGCCACCACAACAGAUGCCCCCACAACACCAGACGCCGCUGCAACAGACGCCACCACAACAGACGCUGCCACCACACCAGACGCCACCGCAACAGAUGCUACCACACCAGACGCCGCCGCAACAGAUUCCGCCGCCACCACACCAGACGCCGCCGCAACAGACGCCGCCACAACAGACGCCGCCACAACACCAGAUGCCGCUGCAACAGACGCCGCCACAACAUACACCGCCACCACACCAGACGCCGCCGCAACAGACGCUACCACACCAGAUGCCGCCGCAACAGCCGCCACACCAGACGCCGCCGCCACCACACCAGACGCCGCCGAAACAGACGCCACCACACCAGAUGCCGCCGAAACAGACACCACCACACCAGAUGCCGCCGCAACAGAUGCCGCCGCCACCACACCAGACGCUGCCGCAACAGACGCCGCCACAACAGACGCCGCCACAACAGACUGCGCCACCACACCAGACGCCGCCGCAACAGAUGCCACCACAUCAGACGCCGCCGCAACAGCCGCCACAACAGAUGCUGCCACUCCAGACGCCGCCUCCGACGUCGCCGCCCCCAGCUGA